UUGGUGUUUUAUUUAGAAAAAAGGAUUCUUUGAUUUCAGACAUAAGAAGAGAUGACAGUGAAGGCUCAUGCACCAUGUCUUUUGGACAUGUUCCUAAAUUCAGCCUACAUAAAAAGACAAGAACAUUAUUUAUAAAACUCAAACCGACUCAAAUGCUCAAAUGCCUUCAGCUAAAAACAACAAUAGAGCGGUCAGAGAGUGCGACUGGUGCCUAGCAACGGUUGCUAAGCGGCAGUCGUUGUUUGGGGGCGGAGCUUAUCUGGAACUUCUUUCUGAUCUGACAUCAGGUUCGAUAAUGCUUUUCAUCAUGAAUGACAUGACAUGACGUCAUGACAUUAUUCCUAUAAGACAGAUUCAGACAUUAAGGAAAAUCAUUCUAUACUUUGGUUUACUCUACAUAGGUUUACUUAUAUCUGCUCAAAAAGCUUCUGACAAACCAGAACCUGUAAAACAAGACAAGACAUUCAGAAAACGUAGCCUAUCUAAUACAAUCACCAUGACUGAGAUGGAAAGUACCCGGACCGAGGAGAUAUUGAAGAUCACAGUGGAAGAUAUACGUCCAGUGGUUGAGUCCUUUUUUAAAGGGAUGACAUUGGAACAGCAGCGAUUGUUGGUGCAAGGUGCACCUGAUGAUGGCACAUCAAUAUUGUUGGCAGAGAUGAUUUUGGACCUAAUAGCACUAGUGUCUAAAUCCAUUUUGGCAACUCUGCAGAAUAAAUACAGCCAAAUGAUCUCUGAGGAGUGUGUUCGGUCCAGUCUGGGAAACACACUUCCUCUGACUUUUGCUGAAAUUCUUCAAGUAAAAAACCCGGUCCACUGUGACAGCUCAACUAGAUUAAACAACAUGUUUGUUAGAGAGGUUGCACAAAGCAUUAACUCUGCUAUCAGCAAUAGUGUGGACACUUUGGAACCUGUGUUUAGUGAGCGUGUGACUCCCCCUCACAGACUUAAUCUGAUGGUACAACAUGCCUUUAAUAUGUUGAAAGCAUUUCUGGGCAAGAUGAAAUAUGCUUUGCGCUCAUGUCGACCACGUAAACCACGAACCAGACAGGACAUCUCCGUACAGAAGGCCGCUGUUGGACAACAAGAGAUGGAAGAUCAAGAGGAGGCAGAUACUGAUCACUGCCAGUCAGCAGCCAGAUCUGGGGAAUCAAAAACCUCGGACAAGGUCUCCAGAGCAUCAGAGCACUUUGUGAGUGUUACAACUAUAGCUGUGAGGGAAAUCAUUACAAAUGAGGUAAGUGGACUCACAGAGUCUCUACUGGAUGAAAUGACCGACUCUGGGUAUGAUGAGCUGCAAUCGGACACCUCACGGGAGAUUCACAUUAUUGCAGAUGACAUUACUCAGUUAAUUGUAAAGGAGGUUAACAGUCUGGAAGAGCAAAAUGCUGCAAGUAUUAGUCUAGAACCCGCAGAGACCAGUACCAGCGUUGAACCUAAGGAGACAAGUACCAGCGGUGAACACACGGAGACAAGUUUUACCUCAGAAACCACAGGGAGAUCUGUCACCCCAGAAAUUAGAGAGAAACUGUUCUUGAAAGAAGUGGGGAACAAGAUAAGAAUCUUUUUUGCCGAGCAGUUUGCCAAAAUGUCGAUACAUCGAAUUGCGACUCAACUAGACAACCAAUUCCACCCCUACUCCAAAGUUAAAAGGGAGAAGUCGAUGCAGUCCUUGGUGACUAAUGUUGACUCGCUGUUUUCAGAGGAAGGUGUAAAACAAGAAGUUGGAAGUGAGGUUGUGUAUAGUAAAUUGCAAGAUAUUUCCAACGGUAAAGACCAGGUGUUCCAAGAAGAGCUUACUGGUCUCCUCUACAGUUAUGUCUCAAAUGGAAGGACACUGUCUUCUUCCCCAUCACGUGAUACGGUGUAUGGUGAAAUAUAUUGUAAAGUGUGGCGUUACCUUGGACUGAUGAAGUGGUGGCUGUGCACACAGGCUGGCAUCCACAGUGAGAAGAUGAAAAAGGCUUUCAAGAAUACUGAGUCACUGUCACCCACCGCUACACCAACACCUAUACCUACACCGACACCCAAACCUACACCUACACCGACACCCAAACUUACACCGACACCCAAGCCUACUCCUACUCCGACACCCAAACCUGCACCUACACAGACACCCAAACCUACACCCAUGCAUUUGCCUACGGCCAAGUCUACACCUACAACUACCGUCACAGUAUCUGAGGAGGCAGCUGCCAGACCUGUUCAGAAUUCAACAGCACAGGCAGAGAAAAACAACAUUUCCAUCUGGCUACUUGUUCAGAAGCUGGUUUUGCGGACCUUCAACAAAGCAAAGGUGAACACAACAGUUGGAAAUUCAGAAUCCAUCAUUACGCGCCUGUUCGAAAAGAUACGGGCUGAAGUCGAGGAAGAAGAUUUUCAGAUCACCAAUGACACUUAUAAACACCUCAGCAAGGCCAUUUUAAAUGACAUGUGCAAGAAGUGGGGCUGUGCACAGGACGUGCUGGUUUCAAUGAAUCUGGACGAACCAGCAGUUGACAAAUGUAUUGUCUCCUUCUUCAAAGACCACCUGAUGAAACCAAGGAAGCGAGGUGCCAUCAACAGAUUCUUCUCCUCCAUUCCAAAGUUUGGCCGGGGACACUUUAUUGAUUGGACUAUGGCUGUUAUUGGCCUCUGAUGUGUGGAUAGCCUUUAGACACCAGUGUAUAGUGUAUUCAGGACAGAGACCAGUGAAAGAUCUCUGUAGGACGGAGACCAGUGAAUGUCCUCUGUAGGACGGAGACCAGUGAUUGGCCUCUGUAGGACGGAGACCAGUGAAUGUCCUCUGUAGGACAGAGACCAGGGAUUGGCCUCUGUAGGACGGAGACCAGUGACUGGCCUCUGUAGGACGGAGACCAGUGAUUGGCUUGCAUGGGUUUUACUCCGGGUGCUCUGGUUUUCUCCCACUUUCCUUUAAACUAUGCAGCAAUUGGGAACUCUCAACAUCUCCUCAACACUAAUUGGUUUCAUAUUUUACAAUAAACAACACAAUUUAAAAAA